UUUGACAGUUCGUUUUUCGUGGAGACGCGUGGAGGUGCAAGUGUGACGUGUCAAAAAUUUCUUGUACUCCUCUGCCAACCCAAACCUAAAUUCAUUUGGGUUUUGCUGACUGAACACUGACUUUAACAUUUUUUGUGAAUUAUUCUUUAGUGGUGCUACACUUAUUUAGCCUUAUAGAACAAAAUGCCUGCUCCAGCAAGUUCCACUAGUGUAGGUGCCGGUAGCAGAUCGCCUGCAAAAGGUGGAGCACCAAGAGCCAGUACCGGUGGUACUGUCAGACAAAGAAAAACCACCACAACAACGACAACAGCUAAAAGAAAUACUGGAGCUGGUACUGGUGGUAUGUGGAGGUUCUAUACUGACGAUUCACCUGGCAUUAAAGUUGGUCCAGUUCCAGUUUUGGUAAUGUCUCUUCUAUUCAUCGCUUCCGUAUUUAUGCUCCACAUCUGGGGUAAAUACACCAGGUCUUGAAAACUCUUAUUAGCCCUCUUAAGUUUUUCAUUCCUUAAAUAUAGUUUAAUAUAUUUAAAUUAUAAUUGCAUUUGUUUCAUUCAUUUUACAUUAUUAUUUUUUUUUGUAAUUGUUGCAUAGGUUAAAUAAAAUUUAAUAAAUUAUUAUUAUAAAUUUUUUCUAAAAGA